AUGGCGGACGAGAAAGGUCGGAGGCUAUCUGGUUCUAGCUUGUCGAAAGAAGAAGCUGGUAUAGUGAUUGAUACCAUCGACAAGAGUUACGAAAACUGGACUUCUACCUCUUACCGUUCCUUUCGGUCAUGUACUUCUUCAACAGGCAACGUUGACCGAUCAAAUCUGGGUAAUGCGAAGACAGAUGGUAUGGACAAAGACCUUGGCUUUACAGGCGAGCAGUAUAGCUUGUUGAUCUUGCUGUUCUACAUUCCGAAUGGAUUGUGUGAUCUUCCGCUUAAUAUGUUGACGAAGAAGUGGAGUGGCAGGAUUAUGCUUCCAACGUUAAUGGUAGGAUGGGGUGCAAUGGCCCUCUUCCAAUGUGCAGCUCACAACUUCGCCGGCUUGCUUGUCAUCCGCCUCCUCCUUGGUACUUUUGAAGCUGGGUUCUUCGCCGGUGUCGUCUUUUACCUCACGCUGUUCUACACACGAGGCGAACUCGGCUUUCGCAUUGCAUUGUUCUUCGGCAGUGCACUUCUUGCGGGGGCUUUCAGCGGUCUCAUAUCCUUCGGCGUCUUCCAGAUCGACCACGCGGCCAUACCGGGUUGGAAGUUUCUCUUCAUCAUCGAGGGAGCACUUACGGUGGUGCUCGCCCUGAUAGCAUAUGCCUGGUUGCCAGCGACUCCUCAAUCAGCAUGGUUCUUGACCGACGCUGAACGCGCUGUAGCCGAACGCCGCACACUCCGCGAUCUAUCUUCCUCCGGUUCCCACGAGUUUAAUAUACGGGAAUGUUUUCAGGAAUGGAACACGUGGAAGAUGCUUCCCUGGUGCAUCGUCGCUUUCACCUACCCUGUCGCUUUCAGCACAACAUCGAACUUUCUGCCUCAAAUUGUCCAGCGCCUAGGGUACUCCGUCGUCAAAACCAAUCUCUGGACUGUGGCGCCCAACGCCGUGGGAUUUGUCGUCUUGCUCUGUAUAACGUACAGCAGCGACUACUUCCGUGAACGCUCAUUCCACAUCUGUGGUGCGCUGUGCAUAUCUCUCGUUGGACUGGUUGUUCUCGCAACAGUCGAUGUUCUCCGAAACAAAGCCGUCGCAUACUUCGCUUGCUUCUUGCUUUGUGCGGGAGCGUACAUCCCUUCUUGUCUCGUGCACUCAUGGCAUAACAAUAACAACCUCAAUGAGAACGCUCGCGCUGCGACAACGGGCCUCAUGGUUGGGCUUGGUAACCUCGGAGGUAUCGUUUCCGCUGCGACCUUCAGACAAGAGUACGCGCCAAAGUAUCUACCGACGCUUUAUGCAACGGCGGCGUGCAAUGUUACGUGUAUUUGCUUUACGCUGUGGUUGGGCGGGUGGAUGAAGCUGGAAAAUCGAAGGAGGGAUAAGGUGCAGGGUGUUGUACUGAAAGCCGAAGACAUCAAGACUAAAGAGGAGAUACAACAGACAGAGCACUGGCGAGUUAUUGAGAGUUCACAUUACCAGCAAAUAACAGAGCGCUUGCGGUCAGGCACAGCGCUUGACGCCUUCUCAAAACAUACCCUCAAGCAGCAAUGCAAAGUCAGUGGUCUCAAGCUGUUCAACGCUAAAGAUUACUUGAAAGGACUUCGUCUGGAACGCACGUCUGUACCCUCGGUUGGAUCGAAAACGGGGACCGAAAAUCGACAAGCAGGCUACAAAAAGACAUGUAGACCUGCCAAAGGCGUCUCCAAUGUUGCGAACCUUCCCUACACUGCACAACACUAUAUGUUGGGUGACAUUUAUGAUCGCUUCAAGCGGGCCUUCUUCGGCUGGUAUGAUCCUGAGGGUCUAUCCAUCAAGGAAUUCGAGUACCUCAUGGACCAAGAUGAGCAUUGGCAUGACAUUCAUCAGCUUUUCAAGGACAAAUUCGAAUCCAUUCGCCUCAUCCGCAACGCGUAUGCACACGAGUCAAACGAAAUGAACAUGGGGCACCUAGAAGAGUUGCUUAUUGAUGCCAAGGUCAUUGCUCGGAUACUCGCAAACCCUCCUCUCCUCAGCCUCCUUGAUAAAUACGAGGAAUUGCUAGCAGCAUAUAGCAAGAGGGAUCUUGAGUUAGGCGGUCCCGUUCGGGAGAAGUUCCGACACGAAUUGAUAGCAGCAAAGAAAUUUCGAGAUGCUUCAUUGAAGCGAUUAAUCAGUUCUAGGCGUAAGAAACUCACACGUCCUGUGGAUCUACGCGCAGAGAAACUGCGUAUCCACCACAGGUUCGACGAUUUGAAGGCCAAACUUGAAACCGACUACCGCAGUUUCGAGUUGAUACUGGUCAAGGAGCUAAAAGAGUUCUCGCUUGCCUCAUCGAUUCGAUAUCGCUUGGAUUUGAGGAGCUCAGAGUGGGCCACUAGUCUCGUACAAACCCUCUCCGAAGAAUACGCAACCACCAAGAGCAAGCUAGAAACUCUCCAGGAUACAAGUAUCCAAGGAGAGUCACGGGACAUGCCAAGUGCUGUCAAAUUUUCCAAUGUUUCUAAAAUUGGCCCGCGAACCUCGCAGGCUGACAAGUCUAUACCACCGCCCCGCCCCGCUAUCGGAAUCAUGGAAAAGAGCUUCUUGGAGCACAGACCUAGCUCAGCCAGGAAUUAUCCGUGGAAAGGCUUUGAUAGGGCGUCAGUCCCAACGAAGCAGCACAAUCUGAAUCGCAAGAGUCAGGACAAGACCAUCAGCCCGACCGGACAGGCGGAAAGCAAAGCACAGUUGCCAAUUGACAAGCUUACAGUCGGGAUGCAGAGCGGCAAUGACGGUCAGUUCCAACAAGUCCGCGAUGACGACAAGAAUAUCAAAUCACUGUCGAGACCCAAAGAUGCAGUCGACACCUUCGCCACGAAGGCAAUCAGUGAGGAUUCGAAGGCAUUGAGAAUGUAA